AUGAGGAAAUUGCACGACAGAUACGGCGAUGUGGUGAGGAUUGCACCUAAUGAGCUUAGUUUCAAGACUCCACAAGCAUACAGAGACAUCUAUAAUCAUGCCGCGGGUAACAAAUCGCCUUUCCCAAAGAGUAAAUACUUUUACAACCGAGGCGCGUCCAUCAAGCAUCCUGAUAUCGUUUUCACCAUUGACAGAGAAUCGCAUCGGUCCCAACGACGAUCCCUUUCUCACGCCUUCAGUGCUCGUGCCCUUCGGGAGGCCGAGAGUACGAUUCAGAGGCACAGCAGGCUAUUUGCCCACCAGAUUAGCCAACGCGGCAGCCCAGGAACUGGUGGUGUAGAUAUGUCGAGUGCAUUCACCUGGCUUACCUUCGACAUCAUCGGUGAAUUGACAUUUGGGGAGUCGUUUGAAUCGGUUGCGAAUUGGGAGCCAGAUACAUAUGUUGCACUCAUCUUGGAAUUUAUAAAACACUUCACCAUAAUUCAGGCAGCAAAGCGACUGGGUAUUUCGGAAGGACUUCUAUCUUUGUUUAUACCAGGAGAUCUUAAAGACAGCAUGGCGUUCCAUGAAAGUCUGACAAAGGAGAAGGUCGCUCGUCGUAUAAAGAUGGGCGACUCCAACCAGCGCAGGGACUUUUUCGCUCACAUUCUUAGAGACGGUGGCUUCAACCGUGAUCAUCUUGCGGAGCAAGCUAAGAUAUUGCUAUUGGAUGGGUCCGAAACCACGGCCACCUUCUUAGCGGGUGUCACAUAUCUGCUUUUGAAAUCUCCAACCGCACUGGCGAAACUGCAGUGUGAAGUACGAUCUUCUUUUGCUUCGCUCGAUGAAAUCAGAGGGGAUUCAUUAAACCAGCUGCCUUACCUCCGCGCUGUCAUCGAAGAAGGUCUUCGUCUGUUUCCUCCUGUACCACUUGGUCUUCCGCGGACGUGUCCUGGGGCAAUGAUUGACGGAUGGUACGUUCCUUCUGGCACUGAAGUGUCGGUGGACAACUUUGUUAUGUCUCACGAUGAGAAGUCUUUCCCAGAGCCUGAUGAGUUCCGUCCUGAACGCUGGCUUGAAGGUCAGACAGGAAAUAACAAAGAGGCCAGCCGUCCAUUUUCUAUUGGCCCUCGUGCUUGUUUAGGCGUCAAUCUCGCCUAUCUCGAAGCGAGUCUGAUUCUCGCCACUAUGAGGUCGAAUUGA